UGGGAGUUGUUCUACAUAUUUUCCUUUACUCUUCCUUCCUUUGGUAAAAGCUACUUGUAAACAGUGGAUCGGUCGUCGGUGUUUAGUAAAGUGGGCACAGCAGAAUGCCAAAGAAAAGGAAAAAUGGACUGAGUCCCGCCCGAGUCCCGAUGCAUGCGGGUGAGUACGGGAGCGUUCCCGAGAGUCGAGCACACUGGGCAAGUGGAUCUGUUGUGGCCCGGGCGGACUCAUCGCGGGGCUAUAAUAACUUUGGGUCAACGCUGUCCAGCAGCGGUCAGUCGGUGUCUCAAAGCCGAGACGAAAUCAUCCAUAACAUGCAAGAAAUGUUUUCACAUCUGGACCCCGAAGUUAUUUACAUGGUGCUUCAGGAGGCCGAUUUUAAAGUGGAGAAUGCAAUGGAUUCUCUUUUAGAGCUAUCAGAUGCUGCUGAGGGCAUAACCCUGCCUUCUCCUCCAGUCUCUGGGUUUGAGCAGGCUGCUGCCCUCCUGGGAGUGGACCCAUCUCAGACAAAACUCAAGAGUGAAAUUACACAGAGCUUCGCUUUUUCACACCAGCCUGAAUCUCAACGGGAACAGAGGCCUGAUGAAACACACCUAACCAGAGAGAUUGAUGCGCUCCUUGAUCUGGAACUUGAGACUUUGAUGUCACAGCAAACACAGACUAGCACUCAUUCUUCAACAUCCUCCAUACCUCUCUCUGCUCUGCCCCCUCCUUCUCAGUCAAUCAAUCUCUCCUCUCUGCCUCUUACAUCCCAGACUCAGAUUAUUGGUCCUCAAACUUCAUCAGAUCUUGAGCAGUUAUCCCUGGAGGUUAAUCCCAAGUCUGGCUCUGUAGCUGAGCAUGCUUCUAACUCUGGCCCCUGGCUCAGUGAGGCUUGUCGAGGUAGUUCACCAGUGAGUGAAUUGAGUUUUGGUGGCGUUCACAGCCCGGAACAGAAAAACAUAUCUCUUGACUUUAGUCACCUAAGAAUGGAGGCCAAACCUACUGAACCACGGCCCUCUGCCUUCCAGGUUUACCGCCGACCUGAUCAACUCCACAACAAAACUGGAGUUAUGAAGCAAAAUGAAGCGCUCCGAACACCAGCCAUGUACUGGAACGCUCAGGCUACGGAGUUCCAUCCCCGCACUGUGGGACCAGCCUUUAUUACACCUGUCAUUACUAAUCCCACACCCUGGAACACUAACCCUUUCCCUGCUUCUCAGUGGUUGGCUCAUGGACCUAUUAGACAAGCUCCUCUGAAGCCUUCUGCAACUGUACCGAAGUCAUGGACUAUGCCUCCCAAGAACCGACUCAAAUUGGAGGGGCAUGUAUUGGUGUUACUUAGAGGGGCUCCUGGAUCAGGCAAAACCACCCUUGCCAAUGCUAUGUUGGAGUAUAAUCCAGGAGGGGUUGUUUUGAGCACUGACGAAUAUUUUAUUCGAAAUGGUCACUACCAUUAUGAGCGAAAUUUACUAGGAGAGGCCCACGAGUGGAAUCACCUGAGAGCAAAAGAAGCUUUUGAAAACGGCCUGACACCCAUCAUAAUAGACAACACCAACAUGCAAUGUUGGGAGAUGAGACCAUAUGUUGCCAUGGCACAGAAACAUAGGUAUAAGGUGCUGUUUCGUGAGCCAGAUACCUGGUGGAAAACCAAACCCAGAGAGCUUGAGAAGCGUACAAGGCACCAAGUAACAAAGGAGAAGAUUAGACACAUACUGGAGCGAUAUGACCGUUUUGUCUCUGUCCAGAGCAUCAUGAAUUCACAAAGACCAGAGCCAGUGCCAAAUGUUGUGUAUUUGACCCAAACAGAGGAUGGCCAGCCCCAGCAGUCUUUACCCCCUGGUCUCAGUCAUCCUGAUCUUGUUGGUGACUCUGGGUUGAGCAAACUGAACGUGCACCUUUCGUCAUCUCUUCCUGAUGUGUCUUCUGUAAGCCAGAUUUCCAGUACCAUUUCCACAAGUAAAGAAGGUGAAAUGGAAUCCUACAGUUCCAAGGAGCCCAUGAUGUUCCAUGAUAACAUUCUCGCAGGGUCUGGGAUGUUGCAGUCUGAAGUGCUUGACGGAGAAGAGUUGGACUUGGAACUAGAUGCCUGCCUUGAAGAAACUGAAAAAAACAUAGGAAAUUUGGCCAGCAGAACAUCUGAAGAGUUUGGAAUGACAGCAAAAGAGAUGUUUCAGGAGCAACCUGUGGCUUUUUCAGAGUCCAUUGCUCAGCGUGCCAGGAGGGACAGAGCACGUUAUACAAAUGCACUGGGAGGAAGUGCCAUCGAUCAGCCUGUUGGCUUUGACCCCAAUGUUGAGUCUUCUAGGCAAGAUGAGGAAGGAUGCGAAGAUGAGCCUCUUGCUGAAGCCAUGGUAUUGCGGCCAGAGUUGUUGGAUUUUGUGGGGGACUGGCCACUGGAAUCUCAUGGCCAACACCAAGGAAGACGACAGAAUUCAAGGAAUCAAUCAGUAAAGAACACAGUUAAGAUAUCUAUUGUUGUGGAGGAUGGAGAUAAUGAUUCUAUUGACGAGGACAAGCAUUCUGAUACUGACAAGAUGAAUGAAGAAGAAUUUCAGAAUCUUGUAGAUCUACUGCAAGGAGGAGGAAGCUCAUCGCCAGCUCCAAGUAAAUUGACUACUCCACAUUCUCCAUCCCUGGGUGAAAAAGAGUGUAACUUGAACUUGGAGACUGUGCUCUGGCCUGAACUCCCAGACUGUGUGCAGGAGUGGAAGAUUUCAGAGUGCACUGACAUAGGCAAAGAUCACUCUACUUCUCCAAGUCCAGCAACAAAGGGGCCAGACCAGAUUGAGGAGUCCUGUCAGGUGUCCACACAGGAGGAGGUUGAGGAAGCGGAAGAGAGUGUGGUAUCAGAGGAGAAAUGCAGAUUGAGCCCCAGUGUCCAGGGAACUCUGUAUUCAAGAGGUGGCAUAGACUUGGAGAGCAAUCUGGAAAGACGGAGAGGGCUUAGUCGAAGAACAGGGAAAUCUUGUAAAUUGGCACUUACCUUCACCAAUCAAAGCCUUUCCUCACCGUGCACACAGUCUCCAGUUAUUUCAUAUCAGCCCUCCAAUCCUUCACCAGGGGAAGUUGUGGAGGCAUGUCCCAGUAUUACAACCCAAACACACCCUCAAGACUUUGCUCUGCUUUGGCGAAUUAACCAGCUGAAAUGUUCUGCAUUAGACUCAGACCUCUCUAUUAAUGGUAUAAUUGUAUUAGAUGGAAACUCUUUGUGUUUCACUCCAAAAACAAAUGAAGAGCAGUCUAUCUGCCAGCAGGGUGUGCCAUACCGUGUGGUACACGAGAAAGGCUCUCAGGUGGAAGAGAAUGACUUUAAAGAAUCCCACUCCAAGCAACACAACCUUGAAAUUCUGAGCCUCCAUUUCAGACAUGUUUCUAUGGAUAUUCUGGAGGACCUUUACGAGAAGUGCCAUCAAGAUAUGGAGUGGACAACUAAUUUGUUGCUAGACUCUGGAGAACGUCUGUAUAAAGAUGAUGAUGAAAAUGAGGAAGGUCAUUUGAAGUCUUUUGUUGUGGAAGAGUCACAUGAUAACCAAACUGUGAAGAAUUUUCCAAUCACAGAGCCAUCAGAAGCCAUGAAUGUCUCAGAGAUCAACAAGGCUAGAGCUAAGCAGAAUGUGACAGAAUCCAGCAUCAGUUCAACAAGCAGCAACAGUCCUAAGUCUCAAGAAACUAACCUUAGUGACUUGAGCCAAGCUAGUGAAGAUUGGAGCACAGGUCAAAGCUCACAAAGUGAAGCUGAAGGAUCUAUUGAGGGUUUAAGCAUCACAAAGGACAAAUGUAAGCCUGAGCAUUCUUUUGUAACAUUAAAACAACCAACAGAAGACACUAAAGCACAAUUAAAUGUUCCAGCAGCUAGUGAGGCAGAGCCAGAAUCAGAUACAACCGAUCAGUUAGAUCCAGGGCAGGAAGGAACUUUAGUGACACAAAGUGAGCAAAGUCAGAGCAACAUUGGAGAAGCAACAUUGGAAGCAACAUUGGAGGAAUGGACUCAAGAGGAGGGAGGAGAAAAGGAAGAUGCUGAAACAAGAGCACAGGUUGAUGCCACAACACAAUCACUUCUGGUUGAUGAAAUGGAGCGCAGAGAGGAGGAGGAGGAGGAGGAGAGGAAGGAACGAGAAAAAGAGAGAAAGAGAACUGGCCAGGGGAGAAGAGAGCCAAGAACUAUGGACAUUCAAACUCUGGAGCUAAAACUUCCAACUGAACUUGCAUUGCAGCUCACUGAGUUCUUUGGACCUGUUGGGGUCAGUCCAGGUGCAUUUUCACCAGAUGACUGUGCUGUGCAAAUAGACCUGAACUUGGCCAAACUGCUGCACCAAAAAUGGAAGGAGACUAUCCAAGAAAAGCACAGACAGGCAGCUCUGUCCUAUCAGCUACUGCAGGAGUGUUCUGUCCACUGGGGUGAAUCACAGGGAAACAAAACUGGGCCAAGACACCAAUCAGGUUUGUAUGAAGAAAUUCCUUUUAUGGACCACUGGAGUGUGCCCUGUCCCCCCAUCUCCCUAAGGGACAUCAUGAUUGAAGAGCAGGUGAUGCAGGACAGCAUGGAGAAGUCCAGGUCAAGUCGGAGGGAUCUGGAUAAGAAAGACAGUGCCGCCAAGCUGAAAGAAAACCAGCUGUUUUCCAUGUUCCCCACCAUAGACCGGCAUUUCCUCCGAGAUAUCUUCAGAGACAACAAUUACUCUCUGGAGCAGACAGAACAGUUUUUGCAUGCUCUUUUGGAUGACGCACCAGUCAGAAACGUUGUGGCUCCUGAACCCACCCCUCAACGCAAUGGCACACACAUAGCACAGAGCAAAGACAGGAGAUGGAAACAGAGAGAUGGGGAGGUGCCAGCCGCUCAGUUCCAGGACACUGAUGAUCCGGAAUACGAGGAUUUCCGCACAGAGGCAAUGUUGCAGAGACGUCAACAAAUAGAGUGUUUUAACAAGGCAGCUGAAGCAAAUAGACAAGGUCGCAAGGACGUAGCUAGUUUCUACGCACAACAGGGCCACAUGCAUGGAGAAAAGAUGCGUGAAGCAAACCACCGUGCAGCCAUGCAGAUAUUUGAGCGAGUGAACGCUUCACUACUGACUCAGAAUGUUCUGGAUCUUCAUGGAUUGCAUGUUGAUGAAGCCCUUCAUCACCUAGAGCAGGUCCUCAUCGACAAAACCUGGGAAUGGCGUCAGGGGUUUUGCCGCCCCCAGCUGUCAAUCAUCACGGGAAGAGGCAAUCACAGCCAAGGGGGAGUAGCACGUAUCAGGCCAGCUGUGUUAGACUACCUCAAAAACAAACACUACAGUUAUACUGAGCCUAAAACUGGGUUGGUGCUGGUCACACUACAUUGAACAAGCUACUACAGUGAAAAAUUUACUUCUCUUUCUUUCCACUGCCUUAAACCAAAGUGUCUUCUAUUAUGCCAACAAUGAUAAUGUUCUGUUGGAUUUUAAUCAUAUACACCUGUCUACUUCUUUCUGUAAUUGUGCAAGAGUUAAUUUAAAUCAUAAAAACGAACAAAUAUCAAGGUACAGUACUACAAACCUACGCUACAUUUUAUAUUGAAUAUUGACCAAUGUACACGGUAUACUUUAAUGUUUAUUGAUGCUAACUUACAAAAAUGCAAGGACAUUCCAUUUAGUAUUCCUAAUUACAGUGCUCUUGAGCACUAAAAUUACAUAAUCAGUGAGUUUAAAAUGCCUUUUGUCAAAACAGAUAAUGACAACACAUUUAUUUUUCUCCAUACCAGUGGAGUAUUUGUAUAUUGUAAAAGCAGAAGAGAGGGCUGUUAUUAUGGUAUUUAAGAUGUUUGAUAUUACAUUUUUGCACACUGUUUAAUGUUGUUAGGUUUAUAAACAAAGUAUCAGUUUUUAUGAUCUUGUAGCUUCAGAUUAAUUCAGGGAUGUUAACUGGAGAUGCCACUGGAUGGCUGUUUACUCUCUUCAGUCUUUGUAAAUCUAUACAUAUUCAUUGAGAUUUUGGAAAUAUAAAUGCUUAUCCCGUAUUUCAGCUUUGCAUUUUAAUUUGUUUGUGAGCAGCACAAUCAGAAGUCUGUUUUUUCCUAGAUCAGAAAUACAGUCAUCACAUUACAGAAAUCACAGGCUUGAGACAAGCAUUUUAUACCACUUUACAGUGCUGGAACUUUGUUUUAGCUCAGCUUUGGGUUUUAUAUUUCCAAUUUAAAGUUUUGAUGUGACAUUUUAUAGUCGUCAUAACGCUGCUAUGCAAUUCAGAAAUCUUAUGCGUGAAAAUUCUUACUUUUAAGCUUGUUCUGAAAACCAUUUUUGAAGUUAUACUGUAUAUUUUGAACCUUAAAAUUAAUUUUAUAUGUAAACUUGUUCAUUUAUUUUUGUUUAAAAAAAUGAUGGUUAAAAACGUGAGAGAAUAAAGAAUUUUAA